UGAAAAAGAAGAAAGAAGAAAGAAGAAAGAAAAAGCAAGAAAGAAACUAAAGAAGGAAAUAAGAAAAGAAAUGGGAAAUCCGAAAGGCGAGGAGCAGAGGAGGGUGUUGUUACUGUGCGGGGACUACAUGGAAGAUUACGAGGCAAUGGUCCCAUUUCAAGCACUGCAGGCAUUUGGAGUCUCUGUUGAUGCAGUUUCUCCUGGCAAGAAAGCGGGUGAUAUCUGCGCCACAGCCAUAACCAUUAAAGUGGAGUCCACUGACCGGGUCAAACUCUGUCUUUCCUGUUCAUUUAUUUAUUUUGUAUCCCCUUACUCCUGUUUUAAUGUGUGUGUUUGGUUUGGUUUUCUGUACGGACGUACGUACCUUUUUGGGUUACAGGCUUAUACCGAAUCUCGUGGUCACAAUUUCACACUGAAUGCAACAUUUGAUGAGAUUGAAUUUGACGAAUAUGAUGGUCUACUUAUACCAGGAGGACGAUCUCCUGAACAUCUUGCUAUGAAUGCAUCGGUUGUAGAAUUGGUGAGAAAAUUUUCUGACUCCAGAAAGCCAAUUGCUGCUAUUUGCCAUGGGCAGUUGGUCUUAGCAGCUGCAGGCGCUGUUAAAGGUCGCAAGUGCACAGCGUUUCCAACUGUGAAACCUGGAUUGGUUGCUGCUGGUGCUCACUGGGUAGAACCCGAUACAUUGUCAGUGGGCGUUGUUGAUGAUAAUAUAGUUACUGGGGUCACGUAUUAUGGCAAUCCUGAGUUCAUUAGGCUUUUUCUCAAGGCACUAGGAGGCAACAUAUCUGGUUCUGGGAGAAGGGUCCUCAUCAUCUGUGGAGACUACGUGGAAGAUUAUGAGGUAACUGUGCCUUAUCAGACCCUUAAAGUUCUAGGAUGCCAUGUUGAUGUGGUUUGCCCCAAGAAGAAAGCCGGUGAUACCUGCCCAACUGCUAUCCGUGAUCUUGAAGGGGCCCAAACCUGCAGUGAAACGCAGGGACAAAAUUUUGUUUUAACAGCUGACUUUGAAUCCGUAGAUGCCUCAAGUUACGACGCUCUUGUACUCCCUGGAGGAAAAGAUCCAGAGGUUUUGUCACUAAAUGAGGAUGUUAUUGUACUAGCGAAACAAUUUAUGGAAGCCAGGAAACCAAUUGCAUCCAUCUGCCAUGGCCUGGAAAUUUUAGUUGCUGCUGGUGUUCUGCAGGGGAAGAAAUUUACUGGAUACCCAGGGAUUAAGGCUCAUGUGGUUGUGUCAGGGGGGACGUUUGCGGAAGCGAAUCCAAUAGAUCGUUGUGUCACUGAUGUAAAUCUGGUUACCGCAGCAGCGUGGCAUGGCCAACCAGAGUUGCUAAUUUAAUUGGGAUUGAUUUGAUUCCUACAUUCAAAUCCCUAAUUAAGCCAAUCUCGCCAAAUCAGGGAGGAAUAAUUCAUUUCCAUAUGCGGAAUUAUUCCUCUAAAACCCUAGCCUCUGAGGCCCCUGUAAAUAAAUGGCUACGUACAAGGGUUUAGGUACGUCUAAAUUCUUACUGAAACUCUGCAGAAAUUAUCCCUCACAAACCUUAGCCGCCAUACUC